AUGAGCUGGGAUGACUAUACAUCUUACUACGGGGGAUACGGUGCCUUCACGCCUGGAGUGAAGAGUACUGCGAAAUUCGCCAAUACUCCCGCAGCUCCCACCAAGUUGACGACAUCAUCGACUUACACGACAAGUGUUCAACUAACUCGUCCCACAAUAAAGGGAGGGUCCAUCUCGUCAGAGAAAUCAACAUGUACUGCUACAACAAGCAUCCUUACGUCGAAUACUGCUGCGGCAAGGUCUCCUACGUCAAGAAUUUCCUCUGCCGAACCAGCUCACACCAACGCCCCUGCAAGAUUUGCUCAGAUGGUUGAUCAUUUGGAUCCCAUGCUGUAUCAAGUGACGGAAGAACAACUACUCAAAACCCCAUUUGGCGACAUUUGUCCGUCAGGAAACUGUGUCGACGACUGCCAGAAUAUGACUCGAGUAUUCCAGGCAAUUCCUCAAGGACUCCACGUAGAUCCGCUACGCUACGGACGAAUGGAGGCACAAAAGGCAAACGUAACCCUGUUCAGUACUUGUAGUAAUCUUGAGUUCUCUACAAAUUUUGCUACUGCAGAAGAGAAUGACAACUUCACAUCCUACUUUUCGACAAACGAUUCUACAGACCUUUUCAAAGUGGCCGCAAGCAUAGCAAGCUGCUUCGCUGCAACUUGCGAACAAACGCGAAAACCUACUCUUUGUGCCGACGCAUGCUCCCCGGCUGAGUUAUUGUCAUCUCCGACGACAUUCGAUUACAUGUUAGGUCUCCCGAACUGUAUAGUCAGGCUGUCGGAUUAG